AUGUCCCCAAACGCGCUGGAAUCCCGGCAGGGAUACUUUGCGCACAUCCUCCGCGAACUCGGCCUCCUCACUGUCUCCCAAUCCCCAUCCGAUGUCAAACUGCUCAUCGCACAGCGCUUCGUCCGGCUUUUCGCCUAUGGCGGCUCAACUCUCAUCCUGGCCUCUUAUCUGUCUGCCCUGGGCAUUUCCGAUGACCGGAUUGGGCUUUUCAUGACCCUGACUCUGGUCGGGGAUGUGGUGAUUAGUUUCUUCCUCACCCUUUUUGCGGAUCGAAUGGGGCGGAAGGCGGUUUUGAUUCUUGGGUCCGGGUUGAUGGCGGGUAGUGGGGUGGUUUUUGGGUUGUUUGGGGAGUUUUGGAUUCUUUUGCUGGCGGCUGUUUUUGGAGUUAUUAGUCCGAGUGGAAAUGAAAUCGGUCCGUUCCGCGCAGUCGAAGAAUCAACACUCGCGCAUUUAACACCGGACGAUGUUCUUCCUGACAUCUUCGCGUGGUACUCGCUACUUGGUACCGGUGGUACGGCGCUAGGAAUAAUGACCUGUGGAUGGGCUGUCCAUUUGUUGCAGGAGCUUAAGGGCUGGGAGUUUACUGCUGCUUGUCGGGUAGUUUUCUUUAUUUAUGCUGCGCUUGGUGGCCUGAAGCUUCUGUUCACCUUGGGGUUGAGUGGGGAGGUUGAGGCUGUUGCUAAGAAUCCGACGGAGGAGCAAACUGCCAAUGAGACGCAACCUCUGCUUGGAGAUCAGUCUACGUCUUCCGCUCAAGCGCAGCAUGAGAAUCCUUCGAGGAAGGGUUGGUUCGGUAUUUCUCUUGACAAGAAUCUCAUUCCGUUGAUCACCAAACUAUUCGGGCUGUUCGCCCUGGACUCGUUUGCUUCCGGAUUAGCAUCGAUGUCCUGGAUGACAUACUUCUUCCGCAACAAAUUCUCCCUCCCAGAAGGUAACCUCGCCUCCAUCUUCUUCACAACCAGCAUCAUCGCCUCCAUCUCAAUGCUAGUCGCAUCCUCCAUCGCCAAACGAAUCGGCAACGUCAAGACAAUGGUCUUCACCCACUUCCCCUCCACCAUCUUCCUCUCUCUGAUUCCUCUCCCCAACUCGCUCCCCCCAUCCCUAACAUUCCUGAUCCUCCGCGCCUCGAUGCAAAAUAUGGACAUCGCUCCUCGCUCCGCGUUCCUGGCCACCGUUUUACCGGCAGACAAGCGAACGGCGAUCAUGGGUGCUGUGAACGUAGUCAAGACCUCGAGUCAGAGUGUAGCGCCGUUUAUUACGGGGGUUCUAGGGGCGAGAGGGCAUCUGGGGGUGGCGUUUUGUGUGGCGGGGUUGUUGAAGGGGAUUUAUGAUUUGGGGAUGUUGGUUUGUUUUGCGGGGAAGGAUGGGAAGAAAGAUAGGGGUGGGGAGGAGGAAGGGUAG